AUGCCUCUGCCUCAUCAUAUUCCCGACCACGUGGGUGAGACCGACCCCGUACUCCUAGUGAUCCCAGGUGUUCCAGUGAGUGUUCAUGGGGAUGGCGAAGGCUACCUCCUGAAGGAGUUUGACAUCCAGGGACAGGGAGCUUCGGGAGUGGUCGUCCCAGGAACUAAGAUCCAAGGAAGUCUGAUUGUUGCCCCAGAACUACCAGGGGCAAGAUUAAUAUCAUUGAAAGACCCUGCAUUUCAUGCUAGGAGAAGAAGAGGAACGGGAUUUAGCUACACAGCUCCUGACGGAACAACUCGCUCUGAACAAUUGGAGACCUACGUGGACCCCAGAGUAAAGGAUGGACACGCUCUUAACAGAGUCAGAGGACAAGUCUCCUGGACGUCCCCUGAGGGCAAGAGGAUCGUCCAGAACUACGUUGCUGACGGUUCUGGGUACCAUGUGGUGUGUGUGUUUUGUGUGGUGACUGUGGCUGUAGAUGCCCAGUCGUCCUCAUCUUCCUCUUCAGUCUCCUAUGGUGGACAAGCUCCAGUAACCUACACAAGAACCUCCGGGAAUGCCCAAGCCACAGCAACAGCUUCCGACAACGGAAUAGACAACAGGUUUGGGGGUUUCUCGCAGAUAUUCCCCUCCACUACUAUUCAUAUACUGAAAGAUAAGCCUUUAAAGGUGUUUGGGCUCCGUUUGAAACGAGCUACUGACGGCAAGAGCUUCUCAUUCUCGAGCUCAAGCUCCACUUCUGUAGGAGGAGCUCAACCUCAAACCUACACCUACACUAGUGGUCAAGGUACUGCAGCCGCUGUAGCUAACACUCCCUCUCCGCCACUCACGCCAGCUCAGCAGGCUUACUAUCAGCAGUAUUACCAGUCCCAACAAGCCACGAGGCCUAAGAGAGGAGUGUCAUCAUCAUUCUCCAGCUCCAGGCCAGGAUUCGCCCCUCAGACUUACACUUACACCUCAGGAAACGCCGCAGCUGUAGCUCAGGCCGCCCCUACUACUGUUUACUACACUCAGCCUCAACCUCAACCGCAACCCACGGCUGUCCGACCUUCUCGCCAAUUAGGAAGAAGAAAUGACGCCAAUCAGCAAAUUUUGCAGAGAGUAAUUCCUCCGAGCAUCCGCGCCGAGACUCCCCCAGUACAGUCAGCCCCGGCCGGUAUCUCUCAACGGUUCGCUCCUCCUACGUUUGCCCCGCCCCCUCCAUCAUCAGCACCAGCUGGCAUCUCACAAGCACAGACCUCGUUCCCUGGAAGAUCUUUGAGAAUCGCUUCUCCUGCUAGGACCUAUGGAAUUCCAACCGAAGAAGUGAAUAGUUUUGCGGGAGCUCAGGCCUUAGGCGGGGCUUAUGCACCUCCAUCUCCACCACCACCUCCACCACCACCAACCCCUCCUACUCCUGAAUAUGGACCUCCUGCAGGUAACAUUGCAGGCGCACAGGCCCAAGCUGGGGAAUUUUCCCCAGCACCAGCACCACCUCCCGCUCCAACGCGCCCAAGCUCAAGUAGGACAAUAUGCACCUCCUGCACCCCCACCUCCACCACCGCCACCACCAGCUGCACCAGCACCACCUCCUCCUCCACCCCCACCACCUCCCGCUCCAACGGUGCCCAAGCCCAAGUAGGACAAUAUGCACCUCCUCCACCUCCACCACCAGCUGCACCAGCACCACCUCCUCCUCCACCCCCACCACCUCCCGCACCAACCCCAAGCAGGAGAAUAUGCACCACCACCUCCUCCUCCACCUCCACCUCCACCACCUCCACCCCCACCACCACCACCCCCACCACCACCCCCACCCACCCCUGA